UCUUUCCCUUUCUCUCUCUCGCUCAGCGAGAGCACUGUGCCUCCUUUCCCAGAUGGCAGCCGGCAGCGCCAUGCAGCCUCCCGUUCCUCCUCCUCCUCUCCCUCCUCUCCGGCUCUAAGUUAAUGCCAUGCUGCCGCCGCUGCUCUUCCCGGCACUGCUGGCCGCCUGCCUGCCGCCCUGCCAGGGCUGGAGCCCCUCGGCGGCUGCCAGCGGGCAGGAGGAGCAGGAGCAGGAGCUCUUCUUGCCCCCUGCCAACUCCUCCUCCCGCUCCUUGGCCAGCCUCGAGAUGGACCUCGACGGGGCAGCGAGCAAAGAAGAAGGCAGCACCGACAGCCCGGGCACGCCGGCGGCCCCUAGCCAAGAGCCUUUCCCUUCCGCUCCCACCACCUCCGGGCAGGAGCAGCCGGGGCAGGAGCAGCAGGGGCAGCAGCAGCAGCAGGGGCAGCAGGGGCAGCAGCAGCGUCCCCAGCCGCAGCCCGCCGAGGACCCGCACUGCAACAUCAGCGUGCAGCGGCAGAUGCUGAGCUCGCUGCUGGUGCGCUGGAGCCGCCCGCUGGGCAUCCAGUGCGACCUCCUGCUCUUCUCCACCAACAGCCACGGGCGGGCCUUCUUCUCCGCCGCCUUCCACCGCGUGGGGCCGCCGCUGCUCAUCGAGCACCUGGGGCUGGCGGCCGGCGGCGCCCAGCAGGACUUGCGCCUCUGUGUGGGCUGCAGCUGGGUGCGGAGCCGGCGGGUCGGGCGGCUGCGGGGCGCCGCGCCACAGCCACAGCCCCCCGCCGCCGCCGCCUCUUCCUCCUCCUCUUCCUCCUCGCUUUCCUACCCGCCGGCGGCCGAGCCCGGCCAGUACUGGCUGCAAGGGGAGCCGCUGAAUUUCUGCUGCCUGGAUUUCAGCCUGGAGGAGCUGAAGGGCGAGCCGGGCUGGCGGAUGAACCGCAAGCCCAUCGAGUCCACCUUGGUGGCGUGCUUCAUGACUCUGGUCAUCAUCGUGUGGAGCGUGGCCGCCCUCAUCUGGCCCGUGCCCAUCAUCGCCGGGUUCCUGCCCAACGGCAUGGAGCAGCGCCGCGGCACCGCCGCCAACACCGCCGCCGCCGCCGCCGCCGCCAAGUAGCCUCUCCCGGGGACCCCUUUCCCUUGGCCUUGUGCCGCGGAGGGACGCGGGACGGACUCUGUCGUGUUUUCCUUGUUCGCAGCGUGCCACAGGUGCGCGGCGGGACGUGGGGCCGCCUGGGCGCCCGCUCCGGCCCUGAGGGCAGCGGCCCCGCGGGAACCAAAUCAGAUGUGUUUUAUAUCUUUAAUAGCCGUUUUAAACGAACCUUUUAGUAAAAAAAAAAACCCCAAAAAGCAACAGCAAAAAACCACCUAACAACCCUCCUCUCCCCCCCACCCCCAAAACAGGCAAGAAAAAGCCCCCCCCUAAAAUUUCAAUGGAGGAAAUCAAAGACCCUCCUAUUUGGCUGCAUUUGUUGUCAGAGUAGCGUUUUUGUAUGGGAUGUGGUUUGAACGGUUUUUUCUUUUAUGGACAGAAAGGGAUGUCUCUCUUUGACAGAAUGGAGAACUGUUGCGGUAUAUAUAUUGUUAUUGCUGAAGCUGAACUUUAAUGGACCUUUCACACUGUAUUUCCUGGUUGAGAUAGUGUGUAUUUAUUAUUGUAGCUCGGCGUUAUUUGGCUUUUAAUACAGAGGUUUUCUUUCUGGAGCCACUGUAGCCUUUUGUUGGUCUGUUUCCUCCACGGUGGAACAGAGGGUUUGGCUGGCCUUCCUGUCUGCGAACCUGCCACGAAGCUCCUUUCCCCGUGAAAUGGUGUUAUAGGGCUGUUGGUGGCGAAAGGAGAAUCCCAAACCCUCUCUGACUGGUGUUUGCCCUAUCUGUGCAGCAGAUGUGGGUCUGUAUGCCUACUCCAGGGCUGGGUGGAGAGGGAUGGGGAGCACAGUUGUGCUAGAGAUCCUCCAAAGCAAUUUUAUCUGCACAGCUCCACAGACUAUGGUUUUCUACUCGGUUUGAGGUUGGGACGCUUCAGUCCUGGGAAGAUGAGGCCCAUUCUGAGUUGUGCUAAACAGUGUGGGGCAAGUCUCUUGACUUCCUCAAAGUUCGUUCCUCAGAACCAGCUUAGAUGCAGUGUAUUUGUUGGAGACACAGUAAUACUGUACCUCUUUUUCAUCUACCAGUCUGCAGGGUUGCUCACAGCAAGUCUGUGGGGUGAGAAGGCAGGCGCUGCCACUCCAGAACUAGAUGCCAGCUGCUGCUGUGCAAGCAUGCAAAGAAGAAAUGUUUCUUCUCUCUUGUUUGAGCAGACAGUUGUGUAGCCUGAAAUAUCAUUUGUUGUAUACUUCCAACUGUUUAGCCUUAUAAAAAGUUGUUUCAUUUGCCUUAGACAUGAUUAGUCCAGCUGAAGUUUCUAAAACCAAAAUACGAGCUAAGUGACAAAUAUUUGCAAUAGGAAUUCUCUCUUUUUUUUGUCAACAUUGAUGUAUUUAAUUUGCAAGGAACGCAUGAAUUUGCUUGGGGCUAAUUUGGUGUAUUCGUAAUGUAUGGUGGAAAUGACUGGAUGAAAAGUCUGGAAGGAUUAAGUUCUUUAAUAGUCCCAUAUUUUUAAAUUGACAACAAAAUAAAAUAAAUGCAUGCUC